UUCAUACUGAGAUUCGUAUUGUGAGUCACGGACUCUCGAUACAUAUCGGCUCGCAGCCUAUCGGGCUUUCCAAAUGCUUCUAUCAACCGCGCCAGGUGUGGUAUUCGGUUCUCAGUGGUCAUGAGAUUCGCCUUACUCCAAGAUUAUUGGCUCCAUGGCACCAUGUCCGCGCGUGAGAGAAUUUUUGUCGUUCUUUCAAUUGGCAUCACGACUUUUUCCAUGGUGGAUGCUAUACUAAAGUAUUCCAUUCUCCAGUUCAGAACUGUACGAAGAUACGACCGACACGAUCAAUCCAUUAGAUCUAGAUUAGUUAUAUAGAGAGGAAUAGAGCAUCAAACCUGGUAUUGGCUCAGCGAAUACAUUGUCC